AUGAAUCUGAGGAUGUCUAUGGCCAAGUUGGCUCAGUUGUAUAUUGAGGAGAUAGUGAGAUUGCAUAGGAUACCCGGUAACAUUGUGUCUGACAGAGACUCGCGGUCCACUUCUAGGUUCUGGCAGACACUUUGGAAUGAAGUGCUACCGUUGGUAGAGUUUACCUACAACAAUAGUUACCAGGCAAGUAUUGGGAUGACGCCUUAUGAAGCUUUGUAUGGGAGGAGAUGUAGAACUCCCUUGUGUUGGUAUCAAGAUGGUGAAUCAAUGCUAGUUGGGCCGAAGUUGUUAAGACAGACCACAAAGAAGGUGCAAUUCGUGAAAGAUAGGUUGCAGGCAUCUCAAAGUAGGCAGAAAGCAUAUGCAGAUCGGAGGAGGAGGCCCUUGGAGUUCGUGACUGGGGAUCAUGUGUUCUUGAGGUUGGCUAAUCUUCCUUCGGUGUUCCAUGUCUCCCAGUUGAGGAAAUAUGUGUUUGACCCAUCUCAUGUGUUGGAAGCUGAGGAUGUGCAUUUUAGGAAGGAUCUCACAGUGGAGGUACAACUAGUGGGCUUAAAGGAUCGUCGAGUUAAAGAGCUCAAGGGAAGGACCAUCACUCUUGUCAAGGUCAUUUGGGACCGGAGGACAGGUUACUCUACUUGA